CAGUUUCAGCUCCACACCCUCCUCACUCCCCGUCGUCAGUCUAACUCUCUUCACCUGUUCACACACCUGUUGUCACAGUUCAGCUCCUCACUCUGUGGUUCAGUCACUCCCACCUCGUCAGUCUGACUUCCUUCACCUGUUCACACACCUGUCUUUGAUCACUAAUCAAAUCCCUAUAUAGUCUCCUGCCACACGCACACACACAGAGAUUGUUCUUCCUUUUCUAUGCCAGACUCUCCAGCACUUGUUUCCAGAUGGAUUUCCUGUUGCCGACCCUGCCCGUCCCUGGUUAACCCGCUAGUCCGACUCCCCGUGAACCUACCAGCUCUUCGUCCUGUUGAUACUCUGCCUGCCGUUUCCAGAGUGUGGAAUAUAAGUUCGAAGGAUCCCUGGAGUCGAGGGUGCAUUUGGGUCUACACACGAGCCGUUACAGUGAUGGAAUCAGUCAAGUGGAGGAAUUUAAUUUAAAACGUCCCUUUCUACUCUGAGAUCCUGGAAUAUCAUUAUUUAUAUGUUUUAUUUAACCAAGAUACCUAGCCAGUGCUAUUCAUGUUUUGCAUUUUUUAACAUACACCUAGUAGACAUUCAGCUCACACUUCUUUUUAUUUUGAACCGUUCAGUCAAACAGAAAGUGCUGAAGAUGCUCUCAGAGUUGACUGCUCCCAAAGCAUUCAUAGACGACUCUAGCUUUCUUUAUCUGAUGGGUAGAUAAUGGUGGAGAGAUGCAGACAAAACUAAGUGUUGUAAAGACCAGUAUAGAUUCAAAAGCCCUGAAGGAUCAAACAUUAUUUAAAAGUUGUUCCUGCAGGUGUAACUGGGAGUGAUUUUAGUUUAAAUAUGAUAUAAUACUGCAGCCAAGGAGGUCUAUUAAAGAUGAGACCUUGGCAGGAGUUCUGUGCUGGCAACCGGUCGAGCAUACCUUGUUUGUCUUCCAUUCAUCUUGAGUGUAAAAUAAAACUGCUUCCUUAUAAUAAGAGACAAAUUCUCAAGUGUUUAAAAAACCAAAAAACAUUAUGAAUGGAGGAUUUUAUCUGAACAAAACAAAUGGUGUCUGGUUAAACUGUAUUGACCCUUACACCUCAGGUCCUGCUGAAUUCACCAUGUUUCACUUUUCUGAGAUGGAUUUUAAGACAUUUUUAUGUGAGCGCAUUCUCAGUUUUCAGCACUUCAAUACACUAUGUGCCAGCGGCUUUAAGUCCGAUGGUCAAUCGGGGUAAAGAAGUGUAUGUUUGUGGAGAGAAUAUGUUAGUCGGGGACAGCUGGUGUCACCCAGGGAGCACCGAGGAGCAGCAAUCUGUUGACCAGCAAGCCAAGAGGCCUCCUCCCUCAUGCCUGGAGGAAGGUGAUCUGGACAGGCACGGCUCUGAGGGGUAAGCUAAAAGUUGGGGCAGCCAUAAUGAGGCCUGAAAUGUGUAGCUGCAGUGUGAUUGAACCCUCACACUCCAGUGGCUCUCGGUGGCUUCAGCAGUGCCAGCAUCUCUUUAUGAGGGAGUAAAGCACAGUUUGGGAAAAGCAUGCGAUUGUGUUUAAUCGUAACUGAUACUGAUGCCGACUCCUUCCAUCAGCUCUUCCUAAUCACAUAAGCAGGAUAUACACAGACUUGAAGAAGCAUUUUCUCUCUUGAUAACUGAAGCUGUGUCUCUUCAUUUAUUGUAUAGUUAUAUAGUCCCAACUACUUCUCCUGAUUUUCAUUGCCUCGCUAACAACUUCAUCCACUGCUGUUGGAUAAAUUCUGAUCCACCGAAGCAGAUGAAAGAAGUAGCAGCUUUUCCUGUAAAAAAGCACUCAGGCAACACAUAUAUCAUUAUUACUUCCACCUCCCUCUUUUCUUUUUCUUUUUCUUUGCAAAACCACAUGGACCAUCAGUCUUGUAUGAAGUGAAAUGAGGCGAUGAUAAAGAAAAAUGACCUGGGGAGUUCAGAUGGUCCCCCGCGGAACUGGAAGGGCAUAGGAAUAGCCAUUGUGGUGAUCCUGGCUGUUAUGUCUCUGGUCAUUCUCUCUGUCAUCCUCCUCACACCUGAUGAAUCUCACUUACUACUCCGUUCCCAUCUCACAAUGGAGGAUCUGGAGAGUGAGGAGUUCAAAAUUCACGACCCCUGUGUGGCAUGGUUGAACGAAAAUGAAGUGGCUCUCCGCACCAGAGAAGGACACGUCCUGUCAUUUAGCCUCUCCAGCAACCUCACCUCGACUCUGGUGGACAACAGCUCCCUGGACCUGGCCACUACUAAAUAUCAAGUGUCUGCAGACAAGACGUCUGUCCUCUUGGCGUAUAACAUUCAACCGGUGUUCUCUCAGUCCUUCACAGCCUCCUAUGCUAUCUACAAUGUGGCUAAUGGGGAUCUGCUGGAGCUUAAUCCUCCGGAGAGGGAGAAGGCAGUGCUACAAUACGCUUCCUGGGGGCCUCAGGGGAGCCAGCUGGCCUAUGUGUUUGACGGAGAUAUCUACUACAAGCUGAGUGUAACCAGCAGAGCCCUGCGUCUCACAACCGCGGACCUGGAGCAGAACGUGGUGAACGGACUCUCUGACUGGAUUUAUGAAGAGGAAGUGCUUUUGACAUAUGUUGCCCACUGGUGGUCUAUGGACGGGGCCCGGCUGGCGUACCUCACCAUCAACAACUCUGCCACACCUGUGAUGGAAAUACCUCACUUCUUAGGUGGUCUCUACCCCUCCAAUUUGCUCUUCCCCUACCCAAAGGCUGGCUCAAGUAUCCCAUCAGUCAGUCUGUUUGUGGUGAAUCUGUAUGGUCCAGCUCACACUCUGGAGAUGAUGCCCCCUGACUCCCUCAGGGCCAGCUACAUCUCCAUGGUGAAUUGGAUCAGCAGCACCCGCCUUGCGGUUCGUUGGCUGAAUCGUGCCCAGAACCAAUCCGUGCUCUGCGUGUGCGAGGCCACGACGGGGGCCUGCUCAGAGAAGCACAAAAUGGCCAUGGACAUAAUGCAAAACAAACGACAGGAUGUGCCAUUGUUUUCAGCAAACGGCUCUGUGUUUUAUACGAUCCUGCCAGCAAAACAGGGCGCUCGAGGAGAGUUUCAACAUAUCGCUGGUUUUUCAGCACAGCCUGCCAUCCCCUCAGUGCCUCCUCGCUUCCUGACAUCAGGGAGCUGGGACGUCACCUUGCUUUGUGCCCUCGACGAGAAGGCUGGGAAAAUCUAUUUCCUGAGCGCAGAGGAAUCCAGACAAAGCAGACACCUUUAUAGUGUGGACCUGGAUGGAGUGUUUCAGCGCCGGUGCAUCUCCUGUACUCUAAUGGAUGGAUGUCGCUUCCUUAAAGCUGAAUUCAGCCCCAAUCAAACCCACUUCAUCCUCUAUUGUCUAGGCCCAGGAAUACCCAAAGUGACGGUUCACAGUACAAAGGACCCCUCCAGAUAUGUCGUCUUGGAGGAUAACAGCCCUCUAUCUAAAGCUCUGGAGGACAAGAGGCUCCCUGAGACUCUGUUCAGGACACUCCCAGCAGACAACCACGAUCUACAUCUGAAACUAUCUCUACCUCAAGGUUACGAGACCCGCCUGCACCCUCUGCUCGUCAUUGUGGAUGGCGUGCCAGGCAGUCAGUCGGUGACAGAGGAAUUUGCCCUUGACUGGCCUCAGGUUCUCUCAGGCACUCACAAUGUGGCCCUGGCCUGGGUCGAUGGCAGGAGUGGGGUUGGCCGGGGACAGAAGACCACCACCGUGGAUCCGCGCAAGCUUGGCUCAGUUAGAGUCAAAGAUUAUCUGGGAGUUAUAGAGCUGUUGAUGCAACUGCCUUACAUUGACGAUCGUCGGAUUGUCCUCUAUGGCAAGGCAUUUGGCGGAUAUUUAACUCUCAAGAUGCUAGCUUCAACAGAUAAGCUCUUCCAAUGCACGGCCGCUGUGGCACCAAUAACUGACUUCAGGCUUUAUAGUGCAGCAUUCUCAGAGCGGUAUUUAGGCCUUCCAGCUAAGGAGGAGCAUGCUUACUCGACUGCCUCUUUGCUGGAGGAGGUUAACAAGCUGAAAGAUGCGAGAUUCCUUAUUCUUCAUGGAACUGCAGAUGCCAGGGUACAUUUCCAGCACAGCGCGGAGCUCCUGAGCCGACUGGUGAAGGUGGAAGCCAAUUACUCCCUGCAGCUGUAUCCAGAUGAGGGCCACGUUCUGAGGGAGGCGCACAGCAUCCAGCACUUCCAGCGGACAGUGGUGAACUACCUCCAGUCCUGCUUGAAGCACAGCAUCCUCCUAGAUCCCGUAGAAGAUGACGAGGAAGAAGAUGACUGAGACCAGAGCCCCUUCCCUCUUUCUGUAAGGACUAUAUUUGGACUGAAUGCCAUGUUAUGCAUUACCUUGGGUCGGAUUACCACGCACAAGAGCAAAGAAGUGGGGACCAAACACAUCAGAUCACCUCCUACAAAUUCUGGAAACAUUGAUGUACUGUAUAUCUUGUUGCACACAGUUAUGUUUGCUGUCAUACUGUAUGUUUGAGGCAGUUUGUUUACAAAAUGCACUUGAUAUGGUGUGGACUAGAAGGCUACUGAUUCUGCCAAAGUUUUACACAGAUUUUAAAACAUGCAUGUCAUAAUGGCUGCAUGAUAUGGAUUAGUUUUUAGCAUUGUCUGUGUUUUGCAGAUUUUAAUAUCCCAACAGCUCUUUGGAAAAAAUCCUUAGAUCUGGAUUGUGAGAUCAGAUUCAUACAGAAUAUAUUCCUCGAAAAUGUUGUAAUGUACAAUACAUACGAGAUAUUUGAAUCCUACUCUAAUAUAACAUGCAACCUGGCCCUACUAAUCCGUUUCCUGGGAAGACUCCACAAUCUCAAAGAUAACAUUGUACAAUCUGAGUUAUUGUAGGUGUUUUUCACAAUGUAAUACAUCUUAAAUAAAGUUAAAUGACCCAUAUGGAUCAUUCUUAAUGUGCCAAAUACAUUUUGUGGACUUUAUCCACUGGUUCUUUUGGCAUCACUUGCAUUUUGUGAUAAAGAAUGAGGCAACUGUGACUAUUUACAACACAAGCUCUGGUUCAAGGACGAUUACAAGAACGUCUAUGUAGGACUGUCUUUUUACUGUUUUGGGAAGUACAAUAUGUUUCUGUUUUGGUACAUCUUAUCAUUUUAAACAUGUAUUGUGUAUUGCAGAAUUAAAAUAUAUCUUUGAACAAUUUGUUGAGCCAUUAUGUUAGUCCAUAAAGGAAGUUCAAUCGAACCAUAAAGGUAAAUUGCAUGCAGUGGGUUUGAAAAUGAAUGCCCUUGAAUCUAAAAAGGCCACUCCUAUUUUCCAACAAUCAUUGACAAUAAAGU